CCGAAGUACGACGCUCGCACCCAUGGUCUUCAGUAGCAACACUUCUUCGAACGACAAGGACCAAUCUCGGUCAACGUUGAAGACUAGAGUGCAGUCGCGACUCCAGACCGCGUUGAUGCCGAGACGGCACAUUCAGUCCUCGACGGUGAUCCUCCCCUCGGGGCCCCAGUCGGAAUGCAGCACUUUGGUUGAUUUCCCCAUCGACGAUGCUCUGCUGAAGCAGCAGAUAGACGAGGAAGAAGACUACACCGAAGAUUACAUGCUGGAUGCCGACAAUUCAGCCUGGUCCACGGGAAAAUAUACGCCGUCGAAGGCGUCCAAAAGAUACGCGGGCGCACGCAUCGCGAUGAAAAGCACCCUGUCGCAGGACCACCUGCUUAGCGCGGACAACAGUGCCUGGGUGGCUGCACGCCCCUGUGCCGCUCAGACUAAGUCGCGGACUUGGUAUGCCACUACCGGACGCCACCCGCAAGCGGCGCCAGCCUUUCAGGCACAAUUGCUCGACCCCGAGGACAGGGCGUGGAUGUAAAGAGCAAAUAUCGGGCAUGACUGCUGGCGGUGCCGGUGCCCUUGCCGCAAGGACACUCUGUAUAUUUUUUCUCUUUCGUUGGGUGUAAGCUAGUAUCUGAACUGUAUAAUGUAAUUACAACCGUCUCUUGCG